AUGCCACCAAAAUCAAAGAAAGGAUGGAAGUCGAUCGUGCCCUUCCGUUUAACAACAAAAUCGGCUAAACGUUUCUUCUUAUUUUCAAAAGUGAAAUCCGAUGCUUGUGGGGUUAAAUCCACUCCAGUUUACCUCAAUGUUUAUGACUUGACAACUAUGAACGGUUAUCUUUACUGGGCUGGCCUUGGUAUAUUUCACUCUGGGGUUGAAGUUCACGGGGUGGAAUACGCAUUUGGAGCUCACGACUUUCAAUCGAGUGGUGUUUUCGAAGUCGAGCCUCGACAUUGCCCUGGAUUCCACUUCAGAAAAUCCAUAUUUGUGGGGACCACAUCAAUGGAUGCUUCUCAGGUGAGGGAUUUUAUGGAAAGGCAAGCCGCUAGGUAUAAUGGAGACACUUACCACCUAAUCGUCAAAAACUGCAACCAUUUUUGCAAAGACAUUUGUUACAAAUUGACCGGGAAGAGAAUCCCAAAGUGGGUUAAUCGACUCGCCAAAUUAGGCGCUCUCUGA